GGCUCCGGUCCUGGGCAGAGCUCGAAUGAGGAAGUGGAACCACAACAACAAAACUCCUUCGGAGAUAUCCCUGUUGUAUUUGUAGUAAUGCGCGUCGUCCUCCCCUGAGUGCCUGAGGUAAUAUGCGUCUGGUGUUUGUAUGGAGAGCUGCUUGCACAGGCUUUGAGCUAAUGUUAGCCUUUCCCCCGUCCAGUGUUAGCUUAGCUUACGCUACUGACGCUAAAUGUACUCGAGCUCGGGAAAUUGUUUGCAUUAAGCCUUUGGAUACGUUACACAACUGAGCCACACCAUGGAGGAGACGAGUCGGGAGGCGGUUGCCACGGCAGUGCAGCGCGUGGCUGGGAUGCUGCAGAGGUCCGACCAGCUGGACAAAGUGGAGCAGUACAGGAGAAGAGAGGCUCGCAAGAAGGCCUCCGUGGAAGCCAGGCUGAAGGCAGCCAUCCAGUCCCAGCUGGACGGCGUUCGCACCGGACUCACCCAGCUGCACAGUGCUCUGCUGGACGUCAAGGACAUCCAGGGCUCACUGGCUGAUGUGAGCAAAGACUGGCGGCAGAGCAUCAACACCAUAGAGAACCUGAAAGACGUCAAGGACGCCGUCGUUCAACACAGUCAGCUGGCCUCCGCUGUGGAAAACCUCAAAAACAUUUUCUCCGUGCCACAGAUUGUGUCGGGGACGACGCUGCUGAUAGAGCAGGCCGAGCUGCUGCAGGCCCACAGGAAGCUGAUGGAGCUGGAGUGUUCCCGGGACGACCUCAUGUACGAGCAGUACCGCAUGGAUAGCAAGAACACGAGCGACAUGAACCUCAUCUCCAUUUACUUCGAAGACGUCCAGGAGCUGUCCGACGAGCUGGCCAAGCAGUUAUGGAUGGUGCUGCAGAGGGCCAUUGUCACGGUCCGCCGUGACCCCACUAUGCUGGUGUCAGUGGUUCGCAUCAUUGAGCGGGAGGAGAAGAUCGAUCGGCGCAUGGUGGACCGCAAGAAGCAGACUGGGUUCAUCCCACCUGGGAGACCCAAACGGUGGAAGGACAAGAUGUUCGAGGUGUUGGAGUGUACAGUCGGCACUCGCAUCGAGGGCACCCAGUCUGUGACAAGAGAGGCUGACAAAAUGUGGCUGGUUCGUCUUCUAGAAAUAACCAGGAAGUAUGUUCUGGAUGACCUCAUCAUUGUCAAGAACCUCAUGGUGCAGUGCUUCCCCCAGCACUACGACACUUUCAACAGGUUUUUUGGUCUCUACCACAAUGCUGUGUCCGCUCGUGUCAAAGAACUGGCCUCCGAGGACUUGGAGGCUAAUGAGAUCGUAUCCCUGCUAACCUGGGUCCUCAACACAUAUAAGAGUGAGGAGAUGAUGGGCCAUUCAGAGCUCUAUUCAGAGUGUGACAUCAACCAGCUGGAGCCUCUGCUGCCUCAAGACGUGGUGGACGAGCUGCUCAGCAAAUACGUCCAGACUUUCACGUCUAAUAUAACAGGCUGGCUGCGGAAGGCCCUGGAGACGGACAAGAAGGACUGGCAGAAAGAAACGGAGCCCGAGGCGGACCAAGACGGGUACUACCAGACCACACUGCCCGCCAUCGUCUUUCAGAUGUUCGAGCAGAACCUGCAGGUUGCUGCGCAGAUUGAUGGGGAUUUCAAAGAGCAGGUUCUGAAGCUCUGCCUGAAACAGAUGAACACUUUCCUCAUCAGGUACAGAGAGGAGGCGAUGACCUACAAAGAGGAGCACCUGAGAGACAGACAGCUGCCUCUGUGUUAUGUACAGUACAUGAUCGCCAUCAUCAACAACUGCCAGACAUUCAAAGAGUCCAUUAACAGUCUGAAGAGGAAGUACUCUCAGUCCUCGGAGCCCACUGACAGUGAUGCUGCCAUAGAGAGGACACUCAACGAGGUGGCCAAGGAGGGCUGUCAGUUCCUGUUGGACGAAGUCUUCCUAGACCUCGAGCAUCACCUGAAUGAGCUGCUGACCAGGAAGUGGGUGACAGGCUCUCAUGCCGUGGACACCAUCUGUGUGACCGUGGAGGACUACUUCAAUGACUUCAACAAGAUCAAGAAACCCUUCAAUCAGGAGAUGACGAGCGAGGCCCUGCGCAGGGUGGUGGUCGAGUACAUCAAAGCAGUGAUGCAGAAGAGGAUCACCUUUAAGAACGCAGACGAGAGGAGAGAGGGAGCUGAGAGGAUGAUCAAAGAGGCGGAUCAGUUCAAGUUCCUCUUUAGGAAACUGGCCGCUGGUGAAGACACAGACCGACUCUGUGGUGCCAUCGCUGCCAUCGCGGAAGUCUUCAAACUGACUGACCCCACGCUGCUGUUCCUGGAGGUCACCACUCUGGUGUCCAAGUAUCCUGACAUCAGGGAGGAACACAUCCAGGCGCUGCUGGCGGUGCGCGGUGACGCCAGCAGGGAGAUGCGCCAGAUGAUCAUCGGCACCCUCAGCGAGAACAAAGUAUCCUACUCUGGUCUCACGCAGCCCAUCUUCAAAGACAUCACGGUGCCCACCAUCACCAUGACGACCAUGACAACCAUGACCUCCAUGGCGACUGCAAAGCUGCUCAAAUGAAGGCAAAAGCCACAACACUGUUUCCACCUUCAGACACGAUAACAUAAGUAAAGUGCUGAUUCCAGACGCUCAGUUAAUUUGAACUGUUUCAUGCAGCUUGCUGUGUUUUCUGUCCCCACCCUUUAUUUGCUGUUUUUAUUGUCACUCUGAUCACAUCUAUGUCAAUAAAAUAAUACAAUAAUAGUUGUAA